GUUUGAUUUCCGGUUAGGUGUCAGAACUGGAGUCGUUGAUUACGUCAAUCAAAAAAAUCAAUAUUUAACAAUGUAACGUGACGAGAGAAUGCAGAAUCCUUCUGUUGAUAAAGAACACAAAGUAGAGUUGAAAAUGGCCUCACAACAUCAAAUGAUACAGCUGGUGGUAGGAGAUUCUGGGGACAUGAUGAGGUCAAUGCCCCCCGCCAAGGCGGCCACGCUGUCUUACACAGAGGUGGAGGCCCAGCUGAGGACAAAUAUAGACACAGGACUGAGUAAGACAGAGGCCACCAGGAGACAGGCAUUCUAUGGGACCAACGAUUUCCAGAUCACCACAGAGGAGCCAUUAUGGAGGAAGUACCUCGGUCAGUUCAAAGAUCCAAUGAUUUUGUUGCUGUUGGCUUCUGCAUUUGUCAGCAUUUUAAUGAAACAGUUUGAUGAUGCAGUUAGCAUCACUGUGGCAAUCGUAAUUGUGGUCACAGUUGCAUUUGUGCAGGAAUACAGAUCAGAGAAAUCUUUGGAAGCUUUAACCAAACUUGUUCCUCCUAUGUGUCAUUGUUUAAGAGACAGAAAGCUGGAGACUUUUCUGGCCCGUGACCUGGUAGCGGGAGACAUUGUUUAUUUGUCUGUUGGAGACAAAGUUCCUGCAGAUAUCCGUUUAUUUGAGGCCAAAGAUUUAGCUGUGGAUGAAUCUAGCUUUACAGGAGAACCAAUGCCAAAGAGUAAAAAUACUAACCCUCUCCCCGAGAAAGAGAGGUCGGGGGUAUCAGGAAUGACCUGUGUGGCCUUCAUGGGGACACUGGUCAGAAAUGGGAAGGGUAAAGGCAUCGUCAUAGAGACAGGGACAAACUCACAGUUUGGAGAACUUUUCAAGAUGAUGCAGGAGGAAGAGGCUCCCAAGACUCCCUUACAGAAGAGCAUGGACACUCUGGGGAAGCAGCUCUCCUUCUACUCCUUCUGUAUUAUUGGUCUCAUCAUGCUUCUGGGGUGGAUCCAAGGGAGAGGACUCCUAGACAUGUUUACCAUAGGAGUCAGUUUGGCAGUAGCUGCCAUCCCAGAGGGCCUCCCUAUUGUUGUCACGGUAACUCUUGCCCUAGGGGUGAUGAGAAUGGCCUCUCAAAAAGCCAUAGUUAAAAAAUUACCCAUUGUAGAAACUUUAGGCUGUGCCUCAGUCAUAUGUUCUGACAAAACGGGGACUUUGACAAAGAAUGAAAUGACGGCCACAAGAAUCCAUGCUGCUGAUGGCCUCUAUGCCGAGGUGACAGGAGUGGGUUACAAUGCUACAGGGACUGUCCUCUGUCAGCACGAGGAGGUGACGGACAACUCUCACCCCUCCCUCUCAAAGGUCGUGGAGGUCGGCUGCAUAUGUAAUGAUGCUACACUUUGUCAGGACGGACUGCACGGUCAGCCCACAGACGGAGCUCUGCUAGCAUUGGCAUGGAAGAUGAAUUUGCACCAUGUAAGAGAGAUGUAUACUAGAAUAGAGGAAUGGCCAUUUAAUUCUGAAACAAAGUAUAUGGCUGUGAAGUGUACCCCUGAAUAUGGAGAAAAUAAGGAGAUGGUUUACUUUGUGAAGGGAGCUCUAGAGAAAAUACUGGCCAACUGCUCCCGCUAUUAUAACCAAGGCAGCACCUCUACACUAACAGAGAAGGCCAAGCAGGAGUUUUAUCAUGAUGCUCGGCUGAUGGGGCGAGCUGGACUCCGAGUCAUAGGUUUGGCCUAUGGUCCUGAGAUGAACAACUUGGUGUAUGUGGGGAUGGUGGGAAUUUGUGAUCCUCCAAGAGAGGGAGUCAAGGAGGCAAUCACAACCCUAAUGGGAGGCGGGGUGUCAGUAAAAAUGUUGACAGGUGAUUCCGAGGAGACUGCCAAAGCUAUAGGUAGUCGCCUGGGAUUAUUUUCUACGGGAGGAAGAGCCCUGUCAGGUGAACAAAUCGACCAGGCAGAUGAUCAACAUCUCCGGCAGAUUAUACAAGGUGUCACAAUAUUCUACAGAACAACGCCAAAACACAAACUUAAAAUUGUCAAGGCUCUACAAAGUAACGGCCAUGUGGUGGGUAUGACAGGAGAUGGGGUUAAUGAUGCAGUCGCCCUCAAAAGUGCUGACAUAGGGAUAUCUAUGGGCAUUACAGGUACAGAUGUCAGCAAGGAGGCUGCUGAUAUGAUUCUGGUGGAUGACAACUUUACAGUUAUUCUAUCUGCUAUAGAAGAAGGAAAAGGCAUAUUCUACAAUAUUAGGAAUUUUGUUAGAUUUCAACUCAGCACGAGUAUAGCUGCGUUAACAUUAAUAACUCUUUCUACUGUGAUGAAAUUACCAAAUCCUUUGAAUGCCAUGCAAAUUUUAUGGAUAAAUAUCAUUAUGGAUGGUCCACCUGCCCAGAGUCUGGGUGUAGAGCCAGUGGACCAUGAUGUAAUUAGAAAACCUCCUAGAAAGGUCAAGGACCCUAUCAUAACCUUUGACCUCAUUAUUAAUAUCAUAAUCUCAGCUGCCCUCAUUGUAUCGGGGACACUGUGGGUGUUCUGGAGAGAGAUGAGUGACAACAAAAUCACUCCUCGAGACACCACCAUGACCUUCACAUGCUUUGUAUUUUUUGACAUGUUUAAUGCUCUCAGCUGUCGUUCAGCAGAAAAAUCAAUAUUUCAAAUAGGCUUUUUUAACAAUAAGAUGUUUUUAUUGGCCGUGGGAGGCUCUCUGAUUGGUCAGCUUCUGGUGAUAUACUUCCCUCCACUACAAGCUGUGUUUCAAACAGAGUCCGUUUACUUCUCAGACUUGAUCUUUUUGACAUUAUUAACAUCCUCCGUGUUUGUGGUGUCAGAAAUACGAAAGUUUGUGAGGACUUUACGUGAAAGAAGGAAGAAAGGAUUUCAGUAUUACAGCAAUAACAGUGUCUGAAUCCCCCAAAAAGGGCACUAUAACCAGACAUAUCUUUUUUUUAAUGUGUGAUUACGAUAGCCAUGUGAUAUUUAAACUUUUUUAAAGAAUUAUGUUGUUCACGUCAGAUUUUGUAUGAUUUCGUUAAAAUUGAGCAGGAAUUGAUAGUUCGGAUUCUAUUUUUUGAUUUUAUCAUACUGACACGAGUCAUUCAGUGCUCAAUCUUGUACAUUUUACAAAAGUGAAGAUUAGUUGUGUCUCUAAUAUCUACAUACAGUGUAUUUACACCAAAAGAAUUACUGAAGAACAAGAAAAAUCCUUCAAAUUAACAUGAAUUUAGUUUGCAAUUUGACUGCCUUUAGAGAUAAUAGAAUAAUCAAAUACAGUAACACAUGCUUAUAAUGAAUUGAUGCUUACAGCAAAUUGAUUUUCAUUAAAUUAAAUGGAUAAUGAAUAACACUUAUAAUGAAGCAAAACUGUUUGUUAUUGGCAAUUUAUUAUGAGCAUGUUUUACUGUACCAGUCUAAGGCUUGCAAUAUUUUUCUUCGAAUAUCAUUCUGUGUUCAAACAACUUGUAAUUUCUUUUGAAUUUAACAAUUUUUUUUAUUCAUGGUUUUAUAUGUAUUUAUAUAUACUAUUAGAUAGUUUAACAGUGUUUUCUGUAAGAUAAGAGAAAGAUUCAAAAGUGCCACUGCUGUUUUGUUUAAUAGAUUGAAUUGUGUUACAAAUUGACAAUAAUGUGGGUGCAUGAAUUGGAGUACAUGUAUAUCUAUUUUUUUUUUUUCAUAAAUACAUGUAAAUGUUAUUCAAUUAAUUUAUGUACAUGUAUCAUUAAUUUAUUUUCAUUAUAGUGAAAUAUAUACAUGUACAUACAGCAUGUCAGUCUAGUAUAAAUGUGUACAUGUAAUUUCUUUUCUUACGUAUGGGCCGAUCGGCCAUUGUUGUUCUCCCAUAGAUUACUUGUUUUUUUAAAUCUGUUUGUAGGUCACAUUUAUUCAAGGCAUUCUGUAUAAAAGUUUGAAAUAUAUAAAUAUGAAAUAUUAAAGAAAAAUAUAUUUAAGAUUUGAAAAUUUAGAGAUUUGUUCUUCAUAAAAUACUGGUAUUCCAUGUGCAGCAUAUAAACUCAUAAGGUAAAAAAAAAAAAUUCAUUCACUAAAAAAUACCAAAAAUAUAAAAAAAUUGGGGAAAGAAAGGAAAUUUUCACUAGGGAUAAAUUGAAGAUAAAAUUUAAAAAAUGAACAUGUAUGUUAGUCAAUGGGAUCUAUUGGUAUGUUAGUCUUCAAAGUCUGAUGGCUUGUUUCCUACCAGCUUGUAUCACCACGAGCUACCAUAAAGUGCUACAAUCUGAUAUAUAUGCCAAAGGUGCAGAGGAACAAUCCACAUUUAUGACAUCACAAAAGUUCAGUGUUAAUCCUUGAUGCUAUUGACCUACAUUUAAAAGCCAUCGAUUCAGUAUUCAUGCAAUCUCGCAUAUAAUUUUACUAAUUUUGCUUAUUGCUUGCACCUAUCAGAGAAAAUAGCGUUAUUCCUCUCACACUUAUCAGGUUAAGGUUAGUGCACACUAUUGGACUGAUUAAAUGAUAAAUUUGCACCAACCAGAGAGAUAGUCUCAAACCCACCCAAAAUAUCUAGGUUAUAGUUUUUACACACACUAUAAGAAUUAAUCUUGCACCUAUUAGAGAGAUUACAGUUAGUAUUUGUAAUUAUUGGAAACCCUCAGACAUUGACAUGGCACAUUAUUGCAAUUUGGCACAGUACAUGUAGUACUAAGAUGUUGUAAAUGUUAAUUGUUUUCCUGCACCAUCAGACUUUGGUGUGUCAAUUUAAACCAUUAGGGUUUGGCACAGACCAGUGGACUUUCGUUUAACCAUUGGACUUUGAAGUCCCAUGGCACUUAGGAGUCCUAAAUAUAUACACUAUAAUGACAACUGAACAUAUAAACACUGUAAUAUGUACAGUGAAAACUGUCUAAUCCGACACCUGUCCAAUCUGUCACACUGAAUUCCAACGUUGAUUUAAUUUCAUUCAAAUUUUACAAUUUUCCUUUUUUUUUUAACAUUGUUCAAUCCGACACACUGUCAAUUCUGACUCAGAAUUUGUCUCCCUGAAAGUGUGUCGGAUUAGACAGUUUUCACUGUAUAAAAGGAUAUGAAAUUAUCCAUGUAUACGUUUGAGUAUUUUAACUAUUGUAAUGAUGUGCUUGAAAUAUGGUGCAGUAUAUUUUCAGUAAUUUUUGUUUAAUUUAUUCUCAGGCUGUGCCUUAUCAAUUUUAAAAUAACUUAAAACAAAUUAGUUCAUAUGUUAAGGGAAAUGGCUAUAUAAGAAUCACUCCUUGCAGUGAUGAAACAUAUACAAGUACAUGUAUGUUAGAACUGUAUAAAGCAGAAUCAGAAUUUAUUUAAGGAAUAAAGAUAAUAAGAAGUCAUAUUGUAUUGUGUAGUACAUUAAAAGACAGUUAAAUUGGAAAAGACAUACAAUAUUGCUUUGGUUUAUGAAAUAAAUGAAAAAAGAUUACUACCUGUAGGCAGGUGUUCAAUCAGUAGGUUUGGAAUAAUUGUGUUUUACUGUAUAAGUUUUACAUCAGUUUUAAAGCUUUAGUGAUUCAGUGUCAGAAUGCCUUAUUUUUGUCUGUAUUUUAAAUUUAAGCAUGCUCUUUUUCAAGUUCAUACAAGAUGGGUUGUGUGAAAAAAAGGGUGAAAAAUUACAUCUUAUUACAAUGUAUUGUUAUACUGAUGAAAGUCAGGUUUUGAAAAUUUAAAAAGCAGUCAGAUUGAUAGUAUAUGAACAGUAAAAAGGUACCUGCAUGCAAUUUAAUUUUUUCAAUAUUGAAAUGUUGAUAAGCAAUUUUUGGGAACAUUCCUUAUAUUUAUCAAGAUUACAUGGCACAUUUGUUUCCAACUACUUUUUGAAUAAAAUACUGAUAUUUCGA